AUGUCUGGCCAACCUUCAACAUCGCGUCCAACGACGAGCGCAUCCAGCACAGUCUCGGCUGCCGAGACCGUUCAUGCUGACGCUCUUGCAGACACCAUGCAGCCUGUCCCCAGCCUGUUUCGCGGUGGAGAGGGCGAGUCUGCCAUACCCGAGGACAAGAAGGAGGAGGCACUCGAGAAUGCGGAGGAUGACUGGGCCCACGAUCCCGCGAAUCCGCGCAAUUGGACUCUUGGAAAGAAAUGGACGACUGUUGCUAUUAUUUCGUUCUACACGUUUGUCACGCCGCUCGCAAGUUCCAUGAUGGCUCCUGGUCUGCCCCAGAUUGCUGAACACUACAACAUCAGCAGUCCGACAACCCAGAACCUCACGCUCAGUGUCUUCUUGCUUACUUUCGCCAUCGGCCCUCUCUUCUUCGGCCCGUUGUCUGAGAUGUAUGGGCGCACAUGGGUGUACCACAUCACGAACCUGCUCUUCCUCGCUUUCAAUUUUGGCUGCGCAUAUUCUACAUCCGUUGGCGCACUCAUUGGGUUCCGUGUGCUCGCCGGAUUUGUUGGUAGUGCACCCGUCACGCUUGGCGGCGGCAGCGUUGCCGAUGUUUUCUCAGAGCACGACCGCGCGUCUGCGAUGGCAGUCUUCACGAUGGGCCCGCUCAUCGGUCCCGUUGUGGGCCCAAUCGCGGGUGGCUUUAUCACGGAGACGAUCGGUUUCAAGUACGUGUUCGUCGUAAUUGGCGCACUUUGCGCUGUCGCCGCGGUUUGUGGUAUUCCCUUCCUCCAGGAGACGUACGCGCCCAUCAUCCGCCUGCGCCUCGCGCGCCGCGCAGGCGACCCCGAAAAAGCGGCGCAGAUGCACCCGCACCUCCUUAAGGAGCAUAGCAACAACUUCCAUCGCCUAUGGGUCGACAUGAGGCGGCCGUUCAUCCUGCUCACCAGGAGUUAUGUGUGCUUCUUGCUCAGUUUGUACAUGGCCCUGAUGUACGGGAUAUACUACCUCAUGUUCACCACGUUCCCUCUGCUGUUCGCGGGAGUGUACCAUUUCAGCACCGGGAUCAGUGGCCUCGCCUACAUCGGGCUCGGCCUCGGCUUCAUGGUGGCCACCGUGAUCGGAGCGAGCGUUGCAGACAAAAUCUACAAAUCCCUCGCAUCCAAGAACGGUGGAGUCGGCAAGCCCGAAAUGCGCAUCCCCGCGCUCAUCUUCGGGUCGCUCUUCGUGCCCAUCGGUCUCUUCUGGUAUGGCUGGUCUGCACAGGCCGCUACCCACUGGAUCAUGCCCGUCAUUGGCUCCGGCAUCUUUGGGUUCGGGAUGAUGACCACAUACUUGCCCAUCCAACUCUACCUCGUCGACACGUUCCAGUACGCCGCAAGCGCGCUCGCCGCUGCCUCAGUCUUCCGCUCGUUGCUCGGCUUCGCCUUCCCCCUCUUCGGCGUGCAGAUGUUCGCCGCCCUCGGAUAUGGCGGCGGCAACUCGCUCCUCGCGGGGCUCGGAAUUGUCAUCGGUAUACCAUUCCCGAUCUGGUUGUGGUUCGCCGGCGAGCGCAUCCGCGCCAACUCGGCCCUCUCGCGCUGA